GUGAAGCGAAUACACUUCACGUGGUAAUGUUUAUAUUGGAAUUCAUGUAUAAAUUGUAGAAAUCGAGAAACUAUAUAAUUUAUGCAUUAAAAACUCAGUAACAUUUUAAAAUGAAGGAAAGAACUAGUGUAAAGUUAACAUUUUCUCUUUUACAACUUCAAAAUCUUAUAAAAAGAGAUCCACCAUCAUAUCAUGAAGAAUUCCAACAACAAUAUGAACAUUUCAAGGCGCAGUUGAAGCUUUUCAAAUUUGAUCCACAAGAAUUCCAUGAAAAUUUUGCAGAUUUAGUAAACUUUCUUGCUCAGGUAUCUUCAUGUUACAAAGAGGAUCUUAAAGACUUUCAUGUAGAGUUGAUGAACAUACUUAGAGAGUAUGCUACUGUUUUGCAACCUAACAUGCGACAUUGUUUUGUGAAAGCUCUUAUUCUGAUGCGAAACAGGGGAGUGUUGUCUCCUACAGAUUUAACUACUUUAUUUUUUGAAUUGCUUCGCUGCCAAGACAAAUUGUUGAGAGAUAUUGUUCAAGUGCAUAUAGUCUCUGACUUAAAAAAGAUAAAUGCUGUGCAUAAAAAUCAAAAAGUCAAUACAGUUUUGCAGAAUUUUAUGUUUAAAAUGUUAGCAGAUGAAAAUAAAACUGCAGCCAGAGUGUCAUUGGAUAUUAUGAUUGACUUGUAUAGAAGAAAUAUAUGGAGAGACGAAAAAACUGUCAAUGCCAUAUCUACUGCUUGUUUUUCUAAAGACACUAAGUUGCUGGUUAAAGCAAUACACUUUUUCCUGAAUAUUGAUGAAAAAGAUGAAGAGGACGAUGAAAAGAAAAGCGAUUCUGAAGAUGAUACUCCUACUUUGAGAGAAGUUGUACAGUCUCAUAAAGUAAAUAAGAAAACUCGAAAGAGAAAGAAAAUUCUCGAGAAAGCCAAACAACUUCUAAAGAAAUCCAAAAAACGAAAGAAGAACCAGGAAACUGUUAAUUUUGCUGCUAUUCAUCUUCUACAUGAUCCUCUUGGGCUUGCUGAAAAACUCUUUGGACGUCUUCAAAAGACAAAUGAAGGCUUUAAUGUUAAAUUGUUAAUCAUGAAUUUCAUUUCAAGACUUAUUGGCAUUCAUCAGCUUCUGGUUUUAAACUUUUACCCAUUUUUGAGAAGAUUUAUCAAGCCACGCCAAACAGAUGUCACCAAGAUUUUGAUGUGUGCUGCUCAGGCUGUUCAUGAAUAUGUGCCACCAGAUUCAGUUGAAGAAGUAGUCAAAGAAAUUUUAUACAAUUUUGUAACAGAAAGAAAUUCUUCUGAAGUCAUAACAGUUGGCAUAAAUUCAAUCAGAGAGAUUUGUGCAAGAUGUCCUUUAGCAAUUGAUCAAGAUCUGUUGCAUGACUUAGCUCAGUAUGAAAAGUAUAAAGAUAAAAAUGUGCAAAUGGCUGCCAAAUCAUUAAUCAGAUUGUUUAGGGAGAUUAAUCCAAAAAUGCUUCAUCGUCGAUUUAGGAGCAGACCUACAGAAGCAACUAAGCAAAUUGAUACCAAGAAACUUGAGUACGGUGCUUCAAGUGCUAAAUCUUAUAUCCCUGGCACUGAAGCUCUGUCUCUUGAUCCGUCUGCUGAAAUUAAUGAUGUUAAAGCUGAAGUGGAUGAAGGGAAUGACAGCGAUGGUAGUUGGAUUGAUGUUUCCCAUUCUGAAGAUGAAUUACCUGAUGGAGAUGAUUAUGAAAGUGAAGAAGAUGAAGAGGAGGAGGAAUGCAAGGAAGAAGAGGAAAAUGAUGAUAAAGAGAAAAAGCCGGGGACAACAGAUGGAUUGGAUGAAAGUGGUGAUGCUAUAAAUAAGGUUAAGACAGAAGAGAAGACCAACGCGAAAGUUUCAGAGACUGUUGAAGAUGAAAAAAUGAAAGCAGAGACUAUUUCACAUUCUCGUAUUUUAUCCCAAGAGGAAUUUCAAAAAAUCAGAGCAAUACAAAUUGCAAAUCAAGUGCAAUAUGCAAAAGGAAAGAAACGGAAAGCAGAGAGUAUGGAAAAGGAGCCUGAGCUUAAAAAAAAUGAAGUGGUUUCUUUGAGUGACAUAGAAAGGUUGCACAAAAAACCAAAAGCUGAUAAAGAAACAAGAUUGGCAACUGUCAUGGAAGGACGAGAAAGCAGGGAAAAGUUUGGAAAGAAAAAAGAGAAAAACCCUCAUGCAAGUAAAACCAAAAAGCAACAAAAGAAAAAUAAGGCAUUUAUGAUGAUUAAACAUAAAGUUCGAUCUAAGGUGAAGCGAUCGUUUAGAGACAAACAAGUGGCUCUAAGAAAUGCUCUAUUGAAACGCAAGAAAAAGCACUAAUUUGUAUGUAUAGUUAAUCUGUGAAGAUUAUGUAAAUAAAAAGAAAUACCUUUGAA